GGGAGGUGGGGGUGAGGGAGAGGAGGCGGGAGGAGGAGGGAGAGGAGGGAGAGGGGGCAGACUCUCCCCCACACAGCAGGUCCCGGAUGACAGGUAUCAACAUGGGAAAGUGACUAUCUCCUCGUCUAUUUUCUCGCAUUUUUAAGGUGAAUUCGACUACCCACGCCCUUGAGGACUGUGCAGAGGAGGACCUGAAGACCAGCUGGAGGUGUGGGGCGCCUGAGGACAGAAGAAUUAUGCCCCAAAGUGCUUAUUUCAGGUGACACGCACAGCACAUCCACUCUCUCUCCCGGGACAGAAUGUUUAAGAAGAAGAACAAGAAGGUGCAGAUCUCCGCCCCCAGCAACUUUGAACACCGGGUCCACACUGGGUUUGACCACCACGAACAGAAGUAUGUCGGGCUGCCCCCACAAUGGCAGGGCAUCGUGUCCAAUGCGCUGGACAAGGGGCGCCCCAUGCCCCUGGUGGACCCAUCGGAGAUCACCCCUGUGGAUAUGCUGGACGUCAAGGUUCCCAAUGACACAUCGAGGUCGCAGGACGCCGCCACUCGCCUCAGCAGAGGCUUCGCCACCCUGAACCUGGCCAACCCCAGCAGGCACCCACAGACCAACACUCGUGACCGCUCCCAGGGAUCCCACAACACACUGGUGAACAACAACAACAACAACAACAACAAUAGCAGCAGCAGCAGUGGCAAUGGGCCGUCCCAACUGCCCAAGACAUCCAGUGUAGCACGGUCCAACUCCCUGCGCUCCUCCAGCCCCCCUCGUCCCCGUCGCAGUGAUCCCUGGCCCCCCCACCACCUGCCCCCCACGCUGCAUGAAGGGGAGGUGUUGGACGUCUCUCCCCCACACGGCUGGCCCCACCACCCCACCUCCCAUCCCUCCCACCCCUCCCACCCACAGUUCCAGCAUUACCCUGGCCACCACCAGCCAGGGCCACACCCCCCACACCACCCCACACAACCCCCAAAAGGCUCCCCAGGGUAUCCCCCACACAUGCGUCCCCACCACGGCCCACCACAUGGCUAUCCCACACCCCCCCAACAUCCCAUGAAUGGAGAGGAGCGCUGGGAUGGCCGGCCCCCCAACCACCUGGACCUGCGGAGGGAGGGAUGGGGCACGGGGGGGCUGCGGACUCCGUCUGGCCCUUCCUCUGCAGGGUCAGCGGGCAGUAGUGGUCAGCACGGCCCCAACACCCCCACCCCCCACCACAACGGCCAUCCUCCCCACCACCAGCAGGGAGGCCGCCCCCUGCCCAGCUCCCCACAGACCCCUCCAAUGGCCCCCCACCCCACCACAAUGGCCCUCACUACACUCCCUCCCACCCCCAGAUGCCCCCCACCCAGCACCCCCACCAAAGAAAACCUCAACCCCUACCCCCUGGCCAUCACCCCCCACCCCCACCACACCUCACAGACCCAGCUGCACCCCCUCCCUCUUCCCCCCACCAGCAGCACCCUCCACAGGACCACCACCCCCACCCUGCCUCUUCCCAGCAGCUGCCCCCUCCCCCUCCUCCCCAUGGGGUGCAGAGAAUGGCCUCACCCCCAUCACCUGCCCCCCCACACCCAGUUGUACUCUAAGCCCCCAGCCCCUACCCCAGACCAAGCCUCCCCCUCCAGCCGCCUACCCCCUCCCCCAUCCACCACCUCAACCACCCCCACUGGGCCCACCUCUCCCUCCAUGCACCACCACCACCCGCACCACCCCCCGCACCAGCAGCAGCAGCAGUACCAGCAGCAGCAGUAUUACCAACAGCAGCAGCAGCACUACCAGCAGGAUUACAAUGGUAACCGCUACAACCCGGCGACCUUGAGGGAACGGAAGGCUAGUGGAGGGGAGGGUGGAAAGGACACAAGAGGGAGGUUUGAACACACUUAUCCCUCAGUUUUGGAUGAUUUCUUUGGCUGUUCUCUUUGGGGAUUGGUGCUUCAAAUGAGUGAUGUGGGGUUAUCUCUGCCCCACCCUGCACCCCUCACCACCUCUCCCCCUCCCCCACAGUUCCGAGCCACGCUGCAGAUGGUGGUGAACCCCGGUGACCCGCGCUACAACCUGGACAAUUUUAUCAAGAUCGGCGAGGGUUCCACCGGCAUUGUGUGCAUUGCCAGCGACAGGGACACUGGCAGACAGGUGGCAGUGAAGAAGAUGGACCUGAGGAAGCAGCAGAGGCGGGAGCUUCUGUUCAACGAGGUGGUGAUCAUGAGAGACUACCACCACCCCAACAUUGUGGAGAUGUACAACUCCUUCCUGGUGGAGGACGAGCUGUGGGUGGUGAUGGAGUUCCGAGGGGGCGCUCUUACCGAUAUCGUCACCCACGCCAGGAUGGAUGAGGAGCAGAUCGCAACGGUGUGCCGGCAGUGUCUGAAGGCCCUGGCGUAUCUACACUCCCAGGGGGUCAUCCACAGGGACAUCAAGAGUGACUCCAUCCUGCUGGCCAGCGACGGCAGGGUGAAGCUGUCAGACUUUGGGUUUUGUGCGCAAGUGUCACAGGAGCUGCCAAAGAGGAAGUCGUUGGUGGGCACCCCAUACUGGAUGGCACCGGAGGUUAUCUCGCGCCUGCCCUACGGCCCCGAGGUGGACAUCUGGUCGCUGGGCAUCAUGGUCAUCGAGAUGGUAGAUGGGGAGCCGCCCUUCUUCAACGAGCCGCCCCUGCAGGCCAUGCGCAGGAUACGGGACAUGCCGCCGCCUAAACUGAAGAACUCGCAGAAGAUCUCGCCACGCCUGCAAGGGUUCCUGGAGAAGAUGCUGGUGAGGGACCCGGGCCAGCGAGCCACUGCCUUUGAGCUCCUGCAGCACCCCUUCCUGCGCCAGGCCGGGCCCCCCUCCCUGCUGGUGCCCCUCAUGCGCUCCUUCCGACACUCCCCUUGCUAGUGGGGGCACCCAGCACUGUCCCCUGGCCCCUGCACUGCCCCCCGGCCCUGGCACUGCCCCCCCCAGCCCUGUAUCGAAGUACCAUCACCCUUGAGUAAUCUUUGUAACCUCCUUGGUGUCUUACGCUGUGCCUUGAGUUGGAGAUAUGGUGUUGUGUGGUGUUUUUCUUGCCGUUUGAGCAUUUUUCUACACACACGCAUCUUCUGUACACCAAUACAUGCCGUCCUUUA